ACCUACGCAUGAGAAGUUUCUUCCCGCUCUUCAAUUCUGCUUUUCUUUCUAUUUCCAUGGCUUCUCUCCUCUCCCUAUCUUUCCUCACUCUCUCUCUCCUCCUCUCCUUCUGCUCCGCCACCUCCCACCACCGCAACCACCUCCAUAAAUCAAAACGAUCCUCAUCGCCGACUUUUACCCCACCUGAGAUCCUCCACGCUUGUAACUCAAGUACCAGAUUCCCAGAUAUCUGUGCUUCAUCUUUUUCCAAUUCCAAACAUGUCGCUCAAAACCCAACCUCGCUCCAAAUUGUUCAAUCGGCGAUUUCUCUAUCCGCUAUCAAUCUCCUAACUGCACAAUCAAUGGUCAAGUCCAUUCUAGCCAACUCCACCGGUAAUGUAAACCGCACCGCCGUAGCUACAAACUGCUUAGAAGAGCUCGGUAACUCCCAGUACCGUAUCUCCUCUGCGCUCAAUGCUUUGCCACGUGGCAAGAACAAGGACGCCAGAGCUUGGAUGAGCGCGGCUUUGGGUUCUCAUUUUGGUUGUUGGGGAGGAUUCAAGAACGUAAACGACACGUCGCAGACUAAUGAAACGAUGGCGUUUUUGAAUACACUGACAAUGAUAACCAGCAAUGCCUUGAGCAUGCUUGUAGCGUACGACGUGUACGGGAACAAGACCUCCUCGUGGACCCUACCGAAGACAGAGCGGGACGGGUUUUGGGAAGCUUCCGGGUCGGGAGGAAACAUGGGUUUCAGUGGCGGGUUCCCCUCCAAUUUAACGGCGGAUGUGACUGUUACCAAGGAUGGGAAUGCCGGGAGCUAUAAAACGGUGCAGGAGGCUGUAAAUGCGGCGUCGGAUAAUCAAGCCAGCCAAAAGUUUGUGGUGUACAUAAAGGCUGGGGUUUACAACGAGAUCGUUAGGAUCCCGUUACAGAAGAAGAAUGUCGUGCUCUUAGGAGAUGGGAUGGGUAAAACCGUAAUUACAGGGUCGUUGACUGUGAACGGUUCCGGUAUUUCCACUUACAACACGGCCACAGUAGGGGUUCUUGGUGAUGGUUUCAUGGCUAGUGGUAUCACAUUCCAGAACACAGCAGGACCUCCCACUCACCAGGCAGUCGCCUUUAGAUCAAACAGUGAUCUAUCAUAUAUUGAGAACUGUGAAUUCCUAGGCAAUCAAGACACUUUGUAUGCUCAUUCCCUUCGCCAAUUCUAUAAAUCAUGCCGCAUUCAGGGCAAUGUGGAUUUCAUUUUUGGAAACUCAGCUGCAGUUUUCCAAGAUUGCCAAAUAUUAGUCAGUCCCAGGCAACAAACUCCAGAAAAAGGUGAAAACAAUGCAGUCACAGCACACAGCAGGUCAGACCCUGCCCAAUCAACAGGUUUUGUCUUUCUAAAUUGUUCGAUCAACGGCACUGCAGAAUAUAUGGCAUUAUACAAUAGAAAUCCUACGGUUCACAAGAAUUACUUGGGAAGGCCAUGGAAGGAAUACUCGAGAGUUGUUUGCAUAAAUUCUUUCUUUGAAGCUCUUAUAACAGCAGAUGGCUGGAUGCCUUGGAGUGGUGAUUUUGCAUUGAAUACACUGUACUAUGGAGAAUAUAAUAAUUCUGGACCAGGAUCUAAUUUGUCUAAGAGAGUAACCUGAAGUAGUCAGAUUCCGGCAGAGCAUGUAAAGGCAUAUUCAGUACAGAAUUUCAUUCAGGGAGAUGAGUGGAUGCCUAGAUCUUCUUGAUCGUUGAAUAUUCAGUAUACUAAUAUCAUUAUAUUAACAUUAAUUGUAAUAAUGUUAUAUGCAGCAUUACAGUUUUUACAGAAUCAAUAAAGUUAGUGGGAA